GCCUCUCCUUUUAGCAACCGAUAUAGACUAGUAGAUAUCAAAGAACAAAACGAAAAAACAAUUACGGACGCAACAGGAAUCAAAAUUCAUAAAAAAGAUACAAAGAAGUAACAAACUGAUUAAAACUGGCUUUCCGACUUCCUUACAGAUUAUGGCUUGGUAUACUGACGCAGACGACUCUAACGGAUUUAAGACUACACGAUGUAAAACAGAAUCCAAUCAUAAUGAUUCCCUUAGGAGAAGCUAGGAUCAGUAACAGCUUUUUCAGAAUAAUGCAUCCGAUAAACCUUACAACCAUUGAAUCGACAAUAGAUGUGUACAAUAAUGUAGCCCAAACCGGAAAGCUUAAUCAGACCUUUUUUGAGUUAUCUAUCAGGAGAAAAAUAGGCAGAAUUAAUCUGUUGUUUAAUAGAAUUAGGCCACAGCGAAUCAAACGAUGGGAAUCAUUAGGUAGAGCGUGGAAAUAUAUUUCAGGAAGUCCAGACGCCGACGAUCUUAAGGUCAUAAACUCUUCUCUAAACUCCUUGGUAGAUGAAAAUAAUAAACAAAUUCAGAUAAAUCACUUGUUUGAGAAACGUAUGAGAAACUUGACAAAAACUUUCAAUUCACUAUUAGAUAACGAGCAGAAUUUGGAAAAAGUAACAUUCGAUAGUUUAGACUCUUUGAAUUUCAUAUUUGAGAUUGAUGAAUUAUUAUACUAUUUAGAGAUAAUUGAAGAAUCUAUAACACUAGCCGGACGAAGCAUCCCAAGCAGCCGCAUCAUCCACCCUGAAGAAUUUUCGGUUAUUCGCCAUACCCUCAACGAUAACGGUUUUCGAUUGAACUCGGUCGACGAUAUGUUGAACAUUGCUAGCGCAUACGCAGUAUAUAACAACGAGAUGUUCAUGUAUACACUCAAAAUACCAAAAAUCAAGGAUGUGCAAUACAAAAUUGGUUUGAUUGAACCCGUAAUUGCCAAUAAUUUACGAAUUCAUCUUACGGCACAAUUUUAUAUUGAAGGACAGAACGCAUUUAUGUCAAAAAACCCGUGUCCAAAGAUGAAAGAUCUCUCUAUAUGUUCCUCCAGCAACCUGGAACCGCCUACGGAGUGCAUUCAACAAUUAGUUUCAGGACAACAAACAGCCAAAUGUCCUAUGGAACGAAUUUACGAAGCUAAAACUAUUCGUAAAAUCACAGAAGGCAACAUCAUGGUUACAGGAUCCAAUAUCACACUUUCAUCAAAUUGUUCAUCCGAACGAUUACUCAAUGGGUCAUUCCUCAUACAAUACUCCAAUUGUACUGUGAAGCUGGACGACGAGGAGUAUGCUAACUCCGACAUGGAAAUUCAACCAUUCAUCCCUACCACAGGAAUUAAGAGACAGGAUCCAAUAAAUAGACUGGCAGGAUCGCCAAAAUGUGUGGCCCUGAAUGGUUGGCACGAAAUUAUGUGA